AUGCGCAUGUACCAUCGAGGAGAAAUCCCGCCAAUGGACGGCGAUAGGUCCCAAGGAAAAAGCUUCCCGCCGAGACCACCAAAAUCUGGGCAGCAGGAGAAGCGCGGACGACAACCCCGUCCGAGGAAGGAUGCAGAAAAGGCGGAAGCCCCGCUUGGGAAAAGGAAUCGUGAUGACCACGACGACCUACCUCCACCACCGAAGCGACAAGUCAGCAUGAUCAUGGGAGGCCUCCUGGAUAACGACGAUUCCAUAUCGGCGAUCAAGGAAUACGAACGAAAGGCCGUCGCGGCACAACGCUACCCAUCCACGACUGACGUCGCGAAGGUCCUGGUUGACACCGGGAGCACGGUGAACCUCAUCUUUCUGGAAACACUGAACCGCAUGGGAGUGGAGGAAGGAUCUAUCAAACCUACAUCCCGUCCCCUCACCGGUUUCACCGCCGAGCAUGUUUACAGCUGUGGCACAGUCCGGCUCCCCGUUUAUGUCGGCGGAAUUUCAAAGCUCUUGAAGUUCAUCGUCAUGGACAAACCGGCCAUCUAUAACGCGAUCCUCGGCACCCCAUGGCUCCAUGAAAUGAAAGCUGUCAUCUCGACGUUCCACCAAUGCGUGAAGUUUCCGAUACCCUCUGGAAUUUUCACCUUACGUGGAGAUCAAAGAGUGACGAGAUCAUGUUUCCUUCGCGAGCGCAAGCUCCGCACCGCGUCGUCCUGUAUGAUAACCGAGCCAGUAUCAGACGACGAGACCAACGAGUCCAACGCAAUAAAACGAGCCCCGCAACGCAGAAUGCAGAUCCCCCGAUCCAUCGGCAAAGGAACUCCGAGCCCGCCUGGAAAUCCGACUUAA